UUAUCUCCUUUGCACAGCCACCAACUUAGAAAACUCUGUUCAGUUUAAUUAUCUGUUCAAAAAUUCUAAUUUGAAAAUUGAAACUUAAAUCAGUCACCAAAGUGUCUUUUGACGAGAAGCAUCUAAUUAUUUGUGCAUCAAAAUGUUAAAUUAUGGUAGGAGUGCAUUGUUUUGCUUAUUCUUCGUUUUCACUAUUGAAACUCGCGCUGGUUCUUCGGACUUUGGGCUAUUCAAUUUAAGCACGACCCCAAGUGUGAAGGUCAUUCCAGAAACCGAUGGCAACUUUAUCCAUCUCAAACAGCUGGAUGAAUCGAGCCUCCAAGUGUACAUUGACUCCAUGAAUAAGUUCCUGGAACCGUAUAUCAAACCAACUGAAGUUGCAAUGGAAAAUCUAUAUCAUUGUGAUUUCAAUUCUCCACCACGCGAACACAAAGUUUGCGUUUUCGACGUGCAACAUCUAUUUCAUUGUACGCCUGAAAACGAUUUCGGUUUCCGCAAAAAUAGUCCAUGUUUGUUGUUUACGCUGAGCCAGGUUUCUAACUGGACACCGACCGUUUUAAGCGGCAGCGAUAUUCAAAAUAGCACAAACUCAUUUUCAACCAAACCUGCACAAGUGGAUGCAUCGAUUAGAGAAAGUUCUAUACAGGAAUACGUUUGGUUUACUUGUGAAGGUGAAACUGCCGCCGAUAAAGAGGCUUUGGGGCCAGUCAUUUACUACCCGCGAAAUGGCUUCCCCACUUAUUAUUUCCCAUUUAACAAUGUUGAAGGCUAUCAAUCCCCAAUCGUUGGUGUGUAUUUCGAACGGCCAACAAGAGGUGUAAAUAUCACCAUCAUAUGCAAAGCAUGGGCGAACAAUAUUCCUUUGGACGAGGAAAGUGGCUCAGGAUACAAGAAAAUCCAUUUACUUGUUGACUAA